CUCCUGCCUUGUGUCUGUGAGCUCUCAUUUCUGCCUGCCCAGCUUUUCUCUGGUACUCACAGUCUCUCACAGAGUCUCACACUCUUCAGCAACAAUGAAUACUUCCAGGCAAACCACAUACUCUGUGCGUACCUCCACCAGCAGCAGGCCUUCUGCCUCCACUACAUUACUGAGCCGUACCUCAGCUCCUGUCUACAGGGCUUCCUCCAUGCAUGGCGGCUCUGGUGGAGGUAAAAUCAGUGUGUCCACCUCCAGCAUGUUGAGAUCCGGGAUGGGAGCAGGAGCAGGAGGAGCAGCAGGAGCAGGAGGCUUCUCCAGCAGUGUCCAGGUGAGCGGGAAAAGCGCCGACAUCAUGGGCAAUGAGAAGUUUGCCAUGCAGAACCUGAACGACCGUCUGGCCAACUACCUGGAGACGGUGAGGAACCUGGAGCAGGCCAACCACAAGCUGGAGGUGAAGAUCAAGGAGGCCCUGGAGAAGAGUGGACCAGACUUCAGAGACUACAGCAAGUACCAGGCCAUCCUGGACGACCUGAGAAAGAAGGUCUUUGAUGCCACCACCGACAAUGCCCGUCUGGUCUUGAACAUUGACAACGCUCGUCUGGCUGCUGAUGACUUCAGAAUGAAGUUUGAGUCAGAGCUGGCGAUUCGCCAGUCUGUGGAGGCCGACAUUGUUGGUCUGAGGAAAGUCAUUGACGACACCAACAUGAGCCGCAUGAACCUGGAGAGUGAGAUCGAAGCCCUGAAGGAGGAGCUCAUCCACCUCAAGAAGAACCAUGAAAAUGAAGUGAUGGACUUGCGUAACCAGAUCGCCCAGUCAGGAGUCCAUGUUGAUGUGGACGCUCCGAAAGGACAGGACCUGUCUCAGAUCAUGGCAGAGAUAAGGGCGAAGUAUGAGAAGAUGGCACAGAAGAACCAGGAGGAGCUCAAAGCAUGGCAUGAAUCCCAGAUGACAGAGGUCCAGUCCCAAGUCACCCAGAACACAGAGGCGCUGAAGGGCGCUCAGACAGAGGUGAACGACCUCCGCAGACAGAUACAAACUCUGGAGAUCGAGUUGGAGUCACAGAGGAAUCUGAAAGGCUCUCUGGAAGGUACACUGCGGGACACAGAGAUGCGCUACAACAUGGAAAUUGAGUCUUUGAACAGUAUCAUCCUGGGCCUGGAGGCAGAGCUCACACAGCUGCGUAACAACAUUCAGCUGCAGACACAGGACUACGAGGCCCUGCUCAACACCAAGAUGAAACUGGAGGCCGAGAUUGCAACAUACAGACGGCUGCUGGACGGCGAGGACUUCCAGCUCCAGGACGCCCUGGAAGCACAGAAGACAGUGAAGACCAAAGUGAUGACUGUCACACAGACGCUGGUUGACGGCAAAGUGGUUUCCUCCAGCACAGAGACCAAGAACGUCUGAACAGCAGCAACCUGACACUCCCAAGAAUUCCUUUACCACAACAAAACACUAACUACAAUUGACCAAAACGUACACAUUUCGUUCUCCCUUUUGUAGUCGUGCAACACAUUAACCAUUAGAAUCAGUAAAGUCUUUCCACAGGCUGGUAGAAAAACUGGAUCAGAGGAAAACUCAAUCAUCUUUUAUUUAUUUCAUCACCCUGUCCGUUUAUUUAUGUGUUUGUGUAUUGACCUGCAAAUGUUUACAGAAGUAAAAUGAUCGGAAAACUGUGAGCUUUAAAGGAAACUAAUUAACUAAAGACAUUGAACAUUUAAAAGAAACGAAAGUCAAAGUAAAUGUAAACCACUUUAAAAAAAAAUAUUUCAUCAUCUUUGGUUUUCUUUCUGUUCAGUUACGUCUGCCCGUUGUGCUGUGAUGUUCAAACAUUUCAUUAAAGUCCAUUGUCCAAUA